CUCUUAAACCCAUCGUCAUCAACUCAAAACGCACCGUUUCAUCAUCAUCAUCUUCCUACAUCGUCUCCUCUUCCGUCGUCACAAAAGAAGACAACCACAAUUACAAAUCAUCAUCCUUCGACUUCAUGUCUUACAUAGUCAGUAAAGCCGAGUCCGUCAACAGAGCCUUGGACUUGGUCGUUCCUCUCCAAGAACCAGUCAAGAUCCACGAAGACAUGCGCUACUCUCUCCUCGCCAGAGGCAAACGGAUCAGGCCCCUUCUCUGCAUCGCCGCUUGCGAGCUCGUCGGAGGAGAAGCAUCCGUCGCUAUGCCGGCAGCUUGCGCCGUCGAAAUGCUCCACACCAUGUCCUUCAUCCACGACGAUCUCCCGUGCAUCGAUAACGACGAUCUCCGCCGCGGGAAAUCCACGAACCACAAAGUCUUCGGCGAAAACGUCGCCCUUUUGGCCGGAGACGCGCUUCUUCCCUUUGCCUUCGAGCAUUUAGUGUCGGCGACGAGUCCCGUGGUUUCUCGGGUGAGACUGGUUCGAACCGUGGGAGAAUUGGCUAAAGCCGUUGGCGUUGAAGGCGUCGCGGCUGGACAAGUGGCGGAUAUAAGCAGCGAAGGGUUGGACCCAAACGACGUCGGUUUGGAACAUUUGGAGUUUAUCCAUUUGCAUAAAACGGCGGCGUUGCUUGAAGCCUCUGCGGUGUUGGGUGGGAUCGUUGGAGGAGGGAGUGACGAUGAGACCGAGAGGCUGAGGCAAUUCGCGAGGUGUGUUGGUUUGUUGUUUCAGGUGGUUGAGGAUAUCUUGGACGUCACGAUAUCGUCUCAAGAAUUAGGUAAAACUGCUGGGAAAGAUUUGGUUGCUGAUAAGCUGACGUAUCCGAAGAUUAUGGGGUUGGAGAAAUCGAGAGAGUUCGCUGAGAAGUUGAGUAGAGAUGCUCGUGAACAGCUUUUAGGGUUUGGUUCCGACCAGGUGGCUCCUUUGUUGGCUUUGGCUAAUUACAUUGCCAAUAGACAGAACUGAAGUGUGUUUUCUUUCUUACUUGUUAGAAGAAUCAUUCGAGAUUUUAUUCUCUGGUCUUGUUUCAGAUUGAAUUGUAUAAAAUAUUGGAGAAGCUGAAACAGAUUCUUGUGCUU